UUAAAAGGUAGAUAAUCAUCUGUGUGUUAUGUGUGUGCGUGCGUGCGUGCGUGUGUGUGUGUGUGUUGUGUUUAAAGAUGUCUGGUGAUUAGGUGUUUAGGUCUAUUACAUUUUAAACUUCCAGCGUUUUAGUUGGUUUAUUUGGUGCGCGAGACCAAACGGAUUAACGGUAAAUCAGUCAGUGUCAGUUAGCGGAGUUAGCUUAGCUACACGGACAACGAUAGUGACUAAAAUACGGUUGGCAGAGCUGCAGGAAUCAUGGGAGCCGUGUUCCUGUCAGCAGACACGGCGCAUGCCGUGCUGAAAAGGCUCCCAAGAGCCAACUUCUUCCUUGAGGAGAUGAAGCAGGGAAACAUCCAGCGCGAAUGCAGGGAGGAGAUCUGUAACUACGAGGAGGCCCGAGAGGCUUUCGAGAAUGACGAGAAGACGCGUCGAUUCUGGGAGGAGUAUCAGCGCGAGAGCAGCCCAAAACCCGGUGGACUUCAGUCCAUAGUGGGUGGAGUCAACUCGUUGUACCUAGUUUUGCCCCUACUGCUGUUGCUGCUUCUCAUCCUUGUCGUCUCAUUCACCGCAUGGAAAUGCCACUCACGCAAAAGGUCCCAGCGCAGCCCCGCUAUGGGCCAGAGAGACUCCGCCCUCGCCGUCGUUUCCAUGGACCAGUGGGGGCAAAGCUACCAGCCUGACCCCACCUAUUCUGGUGAUGACAUCACACCAGGGCAGGUCAGCGUCGCGGAUCCGCCUCCGUCUUAUGAGGAAGCCGUGGGUCACAUGGAUGUCCGCGUGGAGACGGAGCCUCCGCCCCAGUAUGACGACAUCAUCAUAGGUUCUGCGAGCAACGCUAUGAUUGGCCAGGCCAAGUGAAGCACUUUCAAAUCACAAUGCAGCUGCACUCCUGAGGUUUACUCCACGCCAACCGCUGCUUCUAUUAGUGCUCUUUACCACAAGAGACUGCACGUAACUCACCUGUUUGCUGCUGAAACAGACAUUUAAUACACUUAAUACAAGCAAAAGCCAGAAAUAAGAGCAGCCAUAUACUUAGUUUUACACACAAUAUCAGUCUGGAGAAUAAGAUGCAACCCGUUACAAUCUGCUCACAGACAAAUACUGUAUAGUGAUGUUGCAUGAGUGCAACAGGCAUUUUUAUUUUAUUUUAUUUUAUUUUUAUUAUAUUAUGUUGGUCUAAUUACUAAACUAAGUUAAUUUUUAUAGUAUUUAAAACCGAGUCACUAAAAGAAAGACAUCAGAUGUAUUUAGUCAAAGUGGUUCACAAGCAGAAUAGGAAUAACUUUAUUUUCCCUUUGUCAGAAUAUAUAUAAUUUUGGGGCAAAAACGUUCGACUUUGCUCCCCUAUGAACAAUUUCCCAUAGCUGUUGGAGAAUUACGACUACCACUGCAAACAUAAAUAGACGUGCAGAAAUUAUUACAUCUAAUAAUCCAGGAACAAAAUAUAUUUCAUCCAAACGGGGCAGCCUAACCAACAGAGGAAUCAAACCGUGAUGAAGAAAACACAAUGCUUUUGUUUAUCAGGAAUGAACUUGUCUGUUAUGUGUGAGGCAGUUAGGAGGUGGAGAUACAAUGGUUUGUCCGGUGCUGCCCUUGCUGCUUUUGGAGUGAGCCGUCUCGCUGUCAUUCCUCAUCAGGCUCCGCUGCUGCUGGACCUGAACCCUGAAAUCGAGCCAAACCUCGGCUCUCGUCUGCAAACAGCCUGAGUCAUAGGAUCGAGAAAAGCCGAGGAAGCAAACGUUCCUCUUUUUUCUCUUCUGCUUUUAUUUUAAACCUUACCUUUCCAAUAUUCCAGCCCAUUACAUAGUGCAACAGUAGCAGCCAUGAUCCAUUAGCUGUAACACAGAGUUUGUGUGUGUGUGUGUGUGUGUGUGUGUGUGUGUGUGUGUGUGUGUGUGUGUGUGUGUGUGUGUGUGUGUGUGUGUGCUCUAACACACCCGAUCAAUAGGAAACAAGUGUGUGAGAGUAGAACAAGUGCUAAGUGCUAAUCGGUGCAGCGCUGUAGCCAAACUAGCAUCCAGCUUCAUUUACACCAGCAAGCGUGAACCCGUGAAUGACUGUGAAAUUAUAACUUCUACCACAUUUUAUGCAAAUGAGUUAUAACACCGUUGAGCGAUGAAGUGACGUAUCGGGUUUGGUACACUAUCUCACUAUCUCUGUGCGUUUGACUACGGAAAAGAAAAACGUUACGGACUUUUCCGUAAUACGAGGAACGAACCGUUACGUCAUAACGUUCUAGGAAAAUAAUCAACAAUUUUUUUUUUAUCCCUCUUAUACCACAGACGUUUGUCUGCAAGUACAUUUUUCUAUUUUGUCACAGAAUUUUUUUUAUCCAUCUAUGGUUACAGGAUUAUGUGUAAAUGUGUUUGAUUUGUUAUUGCAUCACAAGUAGAACAUUUGAGAUGUAAUUCUCGUUUUGUUUAAUUAACAUCAGAAGAGAAGAGGGGAGAGAGAGAAGUUGGUGAGGAAACAACGGCUCAGGACUGGCUGUUAUUAACACGAUAACCUCUCCUUCGUCAUGCCAGGUUUAUCUACUCUUCUAUAAGAGCCUUAAACAAAGUGUUUUAUUCCUCUUCUACAACCUCUUAUUUACCACCACCCACCAAGCCUCCCCAGUGCACUGAAUCACAUUCCUACAGACGAAAUGAUCUAGCGUUUUCUCUUAGCAAGAAAGUGCUAUUUACUUUAUUGUGGCCGCGAGUCACGUGAAUUAAAAUAAACAAAUGUUUAGCCAAUCGAAAGGCAGCAUCAGGACCGUCGUCUUUAAAGACGGACAGAUUUAAAGACGAGACCUUCGCGGUAGUCUGGAAAAAAAAAAGCAGCUUCGAGUUUAACUGCUAAUUACUCUGUUUGUUUAAGUAGCCUUUUAUUUUUUUCAUAAGAAAAUCACAACCUUAUAUUGUGAAUCGCACUAAACAGUUAGGCAGUUUUUCACCCGUUAACAUUCUGACGGUUAGCAGAAGUGGAACAUUUGCUAUGCACUAUUUUUAUUAUUAACAUUUUUUUUUUUUGCCACGGAGUUAUUUGUUCAUAGGGAAACACUUCAUGAGAAAAACAAUCUCGCACUGCAAUAAAGACCUUCAGACUCAUCAUCAUGCAGAACAUUUGGUCUCGGGUGUUUAGUGUAUGUUUUUAUAUGUGACAGCAUGCAGGAUUUCAGUUAAGCUGUGUUCAAUGUAUGACGUGAGAGCGAGUUGUACUUCGUGUGUGGUCUUUUUUUUUUGGAUCAGAUACAGAGAUACACAUUUUUCUGGGAAAAAGGAUCUACAUUUUUUUUAAGAUGUGCAAAAGUUUACUUAGUGUUUUAAAGUUAAAGUUUAAACUUUUUGUUUUCUUUACACCAGAUUUAGGCCAUGAGCCAAGAGAUCUUUUCCCAAAACUGUAAAACAGUGAAAGUGUAGGAUUUUGGUCUACGGUUUUAGGGCCGCUCUUAUUUUUGGUAACCUGGCCUCAUGACGUUCUGCUGGUCAGCUUUGUUUGGUGUUUUAUUAUUAUUAUUAUUAUUAUUAUUAUUAUUAUUAUUAUUUUUUUUUUAUUUUUUUAUUUUUUUUUUUUUAAAUCAGAGAGAUUUACAGGAAAGAAUGUGAGUUAUCUGCAGUAGCCUCUUCACUCUAGUGCCAAACUAAACAAGCAAACUUCUCACGCUGAUUAUAGAAUAACAAAGUGAAGAUCUAUGUAAGAGAUGUAAAUAAUAUUAAUAAGAAUAUUAAUAAUCAAAACUUCAAGGAAAAGGGGCAUAAAGGAAAACUCCUCCCUGAUGGACUUUCUUUGACUUUUCUGAUUUUUUCCCCCCCAUAUGAUGUGAUAGGUCAGUGGGAUUCAGACUGGGAAAAUUCACUAUUCAUAGCACUGAAAAUAACAUGAAAGUGCAGUUUGACUAAAAAUCUCACAAUAAGCAAAUUAACAUUCAUCAAUUAGACAUUAACCAAGUGCUGAAUAUUUUGUGGAGCUUAACAUCCACACCUGAGCUCAUCACUUCUGUUGGAGAUCACUGAAACGUUUCUGCCAUCGUCUCAACCGGUCGACUUCGGUCACGUCACAACCAGUUCGGUAUAAACAUCCUUUGUAUGCUUCAGGGUGGAGUUUUCCUUUAGUCUGAUGUUAAUAUGUUAAUUACAGUGGGAGUGUGUGUGUUAAUAAAAACGAUGCUCUCUGGUGCUUUGGGGAAUUUUGGGGUUUGUGAUUUGAAACUUUGAGCUUUAGGGCCUCCUACAGGUGGAAAUGACUCAUUGCAUCUCAACCAGAUAUUAACCCUACUGACUGAGAAUCGAAGCAUGAAUUCAGAAAGCCUGUGUGUGUGAGUGUGAGAAAACACUAUAACAACAAAAUGCAAUUUUUUUCAUUAAUGUGUGAAUGCACUUUUAUAAAACAAACACUUACUGGAUAUUGUGUAAAAUAAUACUAUAAAUAUAAAUGAUGCACACUGACAUCAGCUGUUUUUCCCUCAUGCCAAACCUUUACAUAUUUUACUUUACAUAUUCCUCUGAGUGUGUAGUAUUGGUGUGAAUCGUGACACAGAGAGACACAGUGUGGCUUCAGUUAAGAGUGUGUAGUUCUGCUUCAGCCUUAUUCACAAAAUUAAAGAUUAAGAUGUGUGUAUAAUAUGAGGGGAAAAAAAAUUUUCUUUUGGAAAAUGACUGAGCUUGGAUUUUUUUUUUUUAUGUAAUAAAUGUAUUUUGACCCACA